AUGAUUGCCAUUUCUCCAGCAGAGAAUAACUUCCCUCCAAUACCGGGGUUCAUCCCCCUGCAGCCAUGUUUCUACCAGGACUUUGAUGAGGAGAUCCCUGAACAGCAUCGCACCAUGUGCAAGAGACUCUACCACCUGUGGAUCUUGCAUGCAAUCACCCUGGCUGUGAAUCUGGUGGGCUGCUUUGUGUGGAUGCUGGGUGGAGGGGGCGUGACAAAUUUUGGCAUGGCCAUCAUAUGGUUGAUUCUCUUCACCCCCUGCUCCUAUGUGUGUUGGUUCAGGCCCAUCUACAAGGCCUUCAAGACUGACAGCUCGUUCAACUUCAUGGCGUUCUUCUUUGUGUUCAUGGCCCAGGUGGGCAUCAGUAUUAUCCAGUGCAUAGGGAUCCCAGGCUGGGGAAACUGCGGCUGGCUGGCCACCAUCUCUUUCUUCAGCUACAACCUUUGGAUCGCCUUGCUGAUGCUCAUCCCCACCCUCUUUUUCACUGCCACGGCAACGCUGUCCUUCAUCGCCCUCACCAAGGUCCAUAACUUCUACCGUGGCAGCGGGGGCAGCAUAGGCAAGGCCCAGGAGGAGUGGACCACAGGGGCCUGGAAGAACCCCCACAUCCAGCAGGCAGCUCAGCAGGCAGCUAUGGGAGCCGCCACGGGGGCCAUGAUGCCGGACCAGCAGUACUCCAGCAACACCCCACAGUACAAUGACAACCAGAUGUAG